AUGAUCACCCGUGGAGCUCCUGAGUCCGCCAGCGCGCCUGCCUCGCCUUCAUCCCGUGCCCCCGCGGUACCUUCGGAUAGCGAGGCACCUGCUGCCACCGCUGUCGUCGUCGACGUGACCGGCGGGGAAGAGCCCUGGACGGCGACCUCCGCGAGGCGCACGUCUGACCCUCCCCUGCUGCGAUCGAGCAAGCGAUCGUCUGCGCGUAGCGCGCCCGACACAGCGACAGCUGAGGCCCGUAAGGGCAAGAAGGCGGCGGCUAAACGGCUGACUGCCGGCACCGCAACUUCAGCUGCGAAGCCCCCGACGCGCGACACAGCGGGAGAAGAAGGCUGCGCCUCCCCCGGCAAAGAAGACGAAGAAGACAGCUGCGCCAAGCGUCCAGCCGGUCACCGCUCUGACCAAGGGUUCGACCUGACAACCUUCAUGGCCUCGUUCCAGCCCGGGCGCGGUGGUGCGACUGACGAUCCCUCGCAAGCUGAGCGCGGUGCACCCACGGCAAGGCCCGUGAUGUGGCCUCGGAGCUGCAGGCACUCCGAGACGAGGUGGCGCGCCUACGCGGGCUCGUCGGAGCCCACGGCCCACCUGCUCGAGACUGUACACGCCUUGGUGCCACGACGGAUCCCAACACCAGAGGCGAGCUGCCACCGGCGGAGCUACGUCAGCUGA